GGGGUACUCAACGCGUCGUUUGACAGGUGCAAAGGCCUGGCCGACCAGAACAACAUACUCCAUACCCACCUCGAGAGCGUCAGCUCGCAAGCGGCACGCAUCAAGCAGGCGGCUUCCGCGGAUGGCGAUGAGAAUACAACUGGCGGCGAAGAGGCGGACGAGCACCUGCACAAGGUCACGGCGUACUUGCGACAGAGUCUGCAUGUCGCCGAGAUGCAGAUUGACGUCAAGCAGAAGGACAUCAUCCGGCAGCAGAGCACCAUUGAGCACCUCCAGAAGUCAGUGUCCGACCUCGAGUCGCAGCUGCAGAAUGCACGGGAGAAGAUCGUCCAGAACGCUGCCGCGUCCGCGCAGCACGACGAGUUGAUGGACCGCAUCAACCAGAUGAACAUUCUGAGGGAGAGCAACGCAACGCUGAGGGCCGAGUCUGAAGCGAACGCUCGCAAGGUUAAGGAGCUCGAGGCGAAGCUGCGCGAGGUGACAGCACAGCUGGAACCGGCGAAGGAGCAGGCGCGUGUUGCGAAGGCAGAGCUCGAGUCUCGCGAUGCGCACAUCCAGAAGCUGGAAGCCGAGGUCAAGCACUGGCAGGAGCGCUGCCAAUCGCUCAUGAGCAAGUACAACCGCGCGGAUCCUGCCGAGAUGCAGGCCCUCAAGGACCAGAGCGAUGCAUUGGCCAAGCAAGUGGAGGAGUUGAAGCAGCAGCAGACAGCGCUUGAGGCGCAGGUGGCCGAGAAGACGGAGCAGUACGAGGCGAAGGACCGGGAGCUCGCUGCCAAGCAAGCUACGAUGGAUCGCUGGAGGGCGGCGGAGAAGGAGAACGUCAACCGGUUCAAGAAGCGGAUGGCGGACGCGAACGAGCGCGAGAAGGAGUACCAGUCUUCGACUGCGACCCUCAAUGCGAAGAUCGCUGAGCUUGAGGAUGCUCUCAAGGCUCAACAAGAAGCUCAAGCCGCCACCGCAUCCGCCUCGCCUGAGGUCACGCCCGAGCUAGCAACUCUCCGUGAGGAAAGGGACCGCCUUUUGGCGGAAAACAAGAAGCUCCUGGAUGAGAAGACGACCUGGACGAUUGCAUCUGCGACUGGGGAAGGGGCCACCGCUCCCUCCGAUGAGGCGCGUGCCGCAUGGGAGUCUGAGAAGGCCGAGCUCAUUAAAGCUCGCGACGACGCUCUUGCCAAGGUUCAAGUUGGUGGUUUUAAUGUCAUCAAGUACGGCACUGGCUGACCAAGUUACAGUCUUCCGAAUCAGCUACUCAAGAGGUUGAGCGUCUGCGCACGAUGAAUGAGAAGAUGAAGCAGCAGAUCGCACAAUCCAACGCUCGUGCUGCCGACCUGCAGCGCUCCCUGCACGAGAAGACGCAAGCUGUCAAGGCAGCCGAUGAACGCGCGCGGGCUGAGGCGCAAUCCGGCGCA